CGAUCGAAUCAUUUCAGGUAGUGCCGUUCGCAAGAUAGCACGUGCUUUUCUCGAGUUUUGAACAGAAAAACAUUUUUAACAAAUAAGAUAAACGAGUGUUGAACAAGUCAUGUGAAACUUAGAAAGCUUUAGCUGCAGUUCCAAAGAGCAACACAAAACAGUGUCCACCAUGCCAAAAACUGUCCCAAAGAGCUCCCCCAGCGGAGCUUCGAACGCAAAGCACAGGCGUCGAGCGCUGGAACCAAAUAGUGGGGACGAUUGUGAAGAAUCAUCCCGAAAGCGACCAAAUCGAUCCGAACCGGACCAAAGAAUAGUGGAACCUCCAGCGAAUAACCCAAAUAAUGGUGCGUCAGCAGAUCCGUCACCAUCAGCCUCCCCCGGCAUUGCGAUCCGAUCCGAGUCGCGCUUCCUGCUGCAGGCGCUGCGUCGUAUCCAGGAGCUUCAAGACGAAAUCGAUUUCCUGGAAAAUGACCCGUACGCAGAGGAUGCAGACUCCUCGGAAGGAGAUGACGAAUCCAGCUUCUUCGAUCAGGAUCCCAGCCCUGCUGCCGUCGUUGCGGGACAUCAAGCAGAAGCGCUCGGGUUUGCCGUAUGCGCUCGCGAAACGAUGGCGUUUCUCGAACGGGAAGGUGUCGCUCUGGAUAGCCCAAUUAUGAUUAAUCUCCGGAAUCGGCUCAUCGGCAGAUGCGAAUCGAAUGUGUCCUGCUGAAGCCAGUGUUUCUAGUCAAACUUUGAGUGUGUGGUUGAGAGUGUGGAUGUUGAGUUGAAAAAAAGUGUGAGGUACUUGCCUUUCGGCAAGGAAGAAGUCUAGUCAGAACCGUUAGCCUCGUAAGUGACCAAAGUUUAUGUAUUGAUUACCAAAAAUAAAGUUUAAGACACU